UUAUGUAAUAUUAAAGAUUUGAGGGUUAAAUGUGUAAAUACAAAAAUUUUAAUGUGAGAUAUGGAAAUACAUUAUGUUAAUGUUGCUAAAAUAAUAAAAUAAUGGGAAGGCAUCGUGUUCAUUCUGAUAGCCCUAAGCUUUUCCAAUGAGAUCUCAAAAAACUAAAAUUCUCCGUCUUUCUCUGAGUCUAAGCAUCGAUCCCAUUCUCCAAAAACCCACGAGCGCACCUCGCCCCCUCUCCCGCGCCUCUCCUACCCCAAUUCUCUCUCUCGCAAAAAACAAAGCUUGAAUGCCUUGAAAAAGAUUACAGGGGCGAUCUAAAAAGGAGAUUUUGACCAGUGGAAUCGAGAGAUAUGGAUGGAUUCCAUGGAAAUCAUCAUUUCCUUCCACAUUCCGAAGAGAUUAGACACCUGCUCCGACUUCUAAUUCUUAAUCGGCAUAAUUUCGUGGACAGCGGGGGAAAGAACAGAGCUUUACGGUUUGAAUUUCUAUGAGAAUUGCAGGCUCAAUAAGAAGCAACAAGGGGAAGAAAGUUGGGUCUUUUUGCUUAUUUUCUUCUUUGGUUUCGCUCUCACUCUCAGUCACAACUGGUCCCAGAACUCCACAUCGGUCCAUUCAAACUUGACUGGAGAGCUUGGAAUCAUAAAGGCCAAGAAGGAGAUACCUGCCCCCACUCCCAAGUCUUUUUCCUCUGUUUUCUUCUCGGAAACAGAGAAAUAAGCCGUGAAAGAGGGAGAGGGAAAAGGGGGGAGGUGCUAUGAAUUGAAUAUGUGAAGAAUGAAUUUCAUGGAAUUGGUGCAGAAUGGUAGAUUUCCAACCAACUUUCCCCUCUGAGGGAAACACUCAUCAUUGCGCCCAGGCUUUCGUUUUCAGAAAAUAGGAAACUGAACUCUGCUUCUUAUAACCCCAUCUUCCUCUUCCUCCUCCCACUGCCACCACUGCCUGCUGCUCUGCAAAUUCCUGCUUUGAAAAUGAAGCCAGGUUCGAGCUCAGUGAACAACUUCUAUUCUUCUCUUGCUCGUGGGCUUGACGAUCUGGAGCGCACCUUUGCUUCGACGGAGUUCAUGUCUCUUCAAUUCAUUCAAAGCAGUGUCUCUCUCCUCCGUUCUUUCCAUUACCAGCUGACGAACAUGGUGAAAAAACUGCAUCUUCCGGUUGGGGAGAAGUGGCUCGAUGAAUAUAUGGACGAAAGCUCUCGCCUUUGGGACGCCUGUCAUGUGCUCAAGCUCGGAAUCACUGCCAUGGAGAAUUACGCCUCUGCUGGAGCUAACAUGGCUUCCUCCUUCGACGGCCGUGUUUCAAAUCAGGUAAAGCGAGCGGUGUCCGUUUGCCGGAGGGAAGCUGCGGGGCUGGAAGAAACUAACAGAGUUAUGGUGGAAACGAGGACCGAAGAGAUAUCGCUGAGAUUGGAUUCAAGAUUAGAGAUGGAAUCGAAGCUUAAUGGCUUUAAUGGAUUCAGGGGAGUGCUUUACGCCAUGAGAAGCGUGAGCUCAUUCUUACUCAUUAUCUUGCUCUGGGGCUUGGUGUCAUGGUGGCCGGCGCCAAGCUCAAGCGCCAUUAGCGGGGGCGAGGCGACGGCCAUGGAAGGCUCUCUCCUCCAUGGUUCUGGAUUCAUGGCGUCGAUGAGUAGACUGCAGCAGAGAGUGGCGGGUGAAGUAGAGAGAAUGGAAGGGAGGCCGAGGAUACUUAUGAAUGAGUUCAGGAAGGUGAAGGCGGCGCUGGAGGAGCUGAGGGAGGCGGUGGAGAGGAAUGGAGGAGAAGGCUGCGAGAAAAAUGAAGUGAGAGAGAAGGUGGAGAGUUUGAAGGGAUGGUUUGAGCUUUUGAGAUAUGGAGCAGAGAAUGUGGCUGCGCAGUUGGAUGAUUUCUUCGAUGAGAUCGUGGAAGGUAGGAAGAAGCUUUUGGACAUAUGCAGCCAUAGGUAGAGAGAGAAACACGGGAGACAUGACGGUUAUCAGCGGUUAUAAAAAGUUUUGUAUGCUAUUUAUAUUUGCAGGACUUAAUAUUUUCUCGAAAAGGAGGGAGAUCAUGGAGGUAUGAAAGUAGGUUUUGUUAUUGGAGUAAUGAUUUAUAAUCCUGUUUUUGAACAGUAAGAAAAUGAAUAAUAUGGAGGAUUAGGAGUAUAUGAUGUAUUAAGAUGGGUUAA